GCGGCGUACAUUCAGUGCGGCUUCGAACGCGGCUCGACGCGGUACGCGGUAGACUGAACCAGUGCGAACCGACGCUAUGGAACUAGCUGUACUCGGCUUCUUAGCGGUGAUAAGCAGUAUUCUUCACCAAGGUAUUACAUUAUCUUGUUACGAAUGCAACAGUCACCACAACGAGUCAUGUCGAGAGAAUCCUCCACAUUCAACAAGAACGGUGUGUAAAUACGACAGGCCGAUAUGCAGGACACUGUACAUGGAAGUGAAGAAGGAGAUCGAGGGCAUGACCCCGCACACCAGGGUGGUCAGGACCUGCGGGGAGAUGGACGAGAGAGACGUGACGAGACCAUGUUACCGUAUCUCCGAGUACGGCGUCAAUCAGCUGGUGUGUUCGUGUACAGAAGAUAACUGCAAUUCUUCUUCCAUAACUGCGGUUACCAGAGCUCUGUUGGUGUUAGUGGUGUUCGUCAUAGUGUUCUAGAAGUUGCCCGAUGACCUUAGUUUAUUUUUUACAUACAUACAUACAUAAAAUCACGCCUCUUUCCCGGAGGGGUAAGCAGAGACUACCUCUUUCCACUUGCCACGAUCUCUGCAUACUUCCUUCGCUUCAUCCACAUUCAUAACUGUCUUCAUGCAAGCUCGGCGGUUUCGGGUAGUUUAUUUUUAUAUAGGUAUAAUUAACAGAACCUUUGUUGACCGUUGACAGAAAUUUGUUUUAGAAGUUGUCUUGUUAACCAUUAAUUUACAUUGAUUUUAAUAUCAGUUAAAAUAAUUGUUUAUAGCAAACAAUAGGUCAACUUACUUACUUAAUAGUUACUUAUUCGAAAAAUAUCUUCUCUCGACAGUGCUAAACAAGUCUGUUUAAUGGUCAGGUUUUUAAAAAGAAAUAGCAUUGGUAACGUUUAUUAACAGCAUACCUACCAUCACUAAAUAAAUAUAUAUAUUCUCUUAACAUUUUAUUAUCCACAAUCUUAUUGCACAUUCAUAAAAACACUACUUUAGUUAUUAUACCAAUAACUAAAGUAGUGUUAGGUUCAUAUCACGUAGAUCAGGCUAAGGCUAGGCUAGGAUAUACUAGUUUCGUACACAUGAUAUCAGUGAUAUUAUUUCUUUUGUAUAGAAAUCAAGAUAAUCUCGUUAGAAUCAGUAAGUCGCUCAAUUGCGGAGCUGAUUCAACCGGUCGGCACAUCCUCGUAAUUAUUGCUUACAAUCGGAUUACCGCCAUUUAUACUACUGUCCAACCCAGACUUUCAGCCAUAUUUUUAAUUUUUAAAAUUAUUAGACGUUAAUGAAUUUAGAUUCUUUGAAUUUUAUAUUUUGGAAAUGAUAUUGAAAUUCUUUAAUAUUUCAUGCGUCGUAUUAAUAAAAUAAAAUAUUUAAGAAAUUAAAUACUUUUGGUAUAUCUUGACGUUCUUUGUUUAUUUUUUCUAUUUAAAUAAUUUUAUAUUUAGAAAAAUUAUACACGUCUAGCAUUUCUAGGAAAAUGUAGAGAACAAAAUAAACCCAAAUUAAGGUGAAAAAAAUAUUCAGACAUACUUUGUACCAUACCUACUAUAAUUUUUUAAUUGUUAUUUUUGUUUUUAUUUGCAUCUUUGUAUA